UCUCCGUGCAGCCAUUGGCUAAUGUUUACACCGAGUUUAUCGUUUUAUGAAAAAAGUUUAGGUGGAAGGCGUUGUUGCAAAUUGUAGCUUGCUAAUCUUUCUUAUUGUAAAUCUUUCAGAUAGAAAAAACUUUCAAAAUAAUAUACGAGCAAGAAACCUCAACGUAAACGGCCAGCAGCUAACUUAACUUAACGUUACUUUCCUGGAGAUGGGGUCUGAACGGUAACGUUAGCUAACAUGUUGUCGAAAAGAUGCUAAUAUCAUAACGUUAGUUUUCCUACAAUUUAAAGAGUAAUGUCAGAGCCGGACUUGGGGACGGGGUGCGGGACUGAUGUGCUGGUCAGUUUCGCCGAGUCUCUGCACAUAUACACAGGACUGUUAACAGUGGCUACAGUGUGUGGGGGGCUCUCUGGGAUAUUAGCAGCUGCUCUGCUCUAUGUCUUCUGCCUGAAACCUCUGCUGUUGACCAGACAAGGUUAUAAUGCAAGGCGGCUGCUUGAACCUGAUGAUGGAGAAUUAGACAACAACCAGAGUGACUGUGUCAGCAACAGCAGAAAGGAGGCUCCAAGUGCCACCACAAAUGAUAAAGAGAAGAAGCAGCCACCCAUGAACAGUGAUGUGGCUGCAUUUGCAUCCAGAGCAAAGGUGGUUUAUCCCAUCAACCAAAAAUACAGACCUUUAGCAGAUGGAGCGUCCAAUCCGUCACUGCAUGAGCACUCCAAGUUGCCAGCAAUGCCCAAUGAUGAGUCAUCCUCCUCCACGGAUGGAGAGUCUCUGAGCCAAGAGCAGGACAAUGAUGACAGCAGUCAGUUCAUCUCCUCCUCGCUGGUCCCUAAGAGCCUGCAGAACCAGAGCUUCACCAGGGUCUCUCACUACCCUCAUACUCUGACACAGCCUGGUUUUGAAGGCAGGAUCAGCCUUUACUGUUUGGCCCUGCAGGAUAUACAACAACACUGCUCCCAGCUUCAGAAAGAAAAGUUUCUAAUGUUUCUUCAGAUUGUGAAAAUAAUAUGCAGUGGUCGUUUUCCAAAAGACAAAAAUGAUGCUGACUUCUCCAAGGACAUUCUUCAAAUGCAAGAAAAGGAACUGAAUGAUCUGAAGAAACAGUUGCCAACAGGCCACACUGCCAGCGAGAAAAAUGAUGAUGCUCCUUGCACUUUGGAGGAAACAGAGAGAGCCCAAAAGGAUCUCCUUGAGCGUGGCCUUCAAGUGUCCAGACGUUUCAGCAAACAGGUGGAGGACUUGUGCCAACAUCUGCUGAAGAAGACCAGCAUUUUCUCUCCUGAUGAAGCCCAGGAUGUGAUCCUCUCUCUCAUCCAGACUCUUCUGUUAGUCGAGAACCACCUGAUGAACACACAAGAAGCUGAUUUAAAGAGGAUCCAGCAGAAGUUGUUGUGGUGGGAAGAGCUGACGGGACUUCUCCAAUCCCAACCUGCCUUGCUAAAGCGGGAAGUGUCUCUGAGGCAGAGCCUGAUAGCAACAACACUGGAGCAGCUGACGAGCGAUGACAUCUUGACCUUUAGUCACAUGGAAAAGAUAUUUGCAGAGGUUCAGGCAGCUCUGACUGAAGGCCUUCAACAGUGCACUGAGGAGUGCACGAGGAAGACGAAGGAGCUAGUGAAUGACAAGUGCAGCAGAAUGGAGUCCAAGAGGAACAAGCUGAUGAGGAGCCAGACCAAGGAGAAGAGCCGCGCCCUGGAACUGAGACAGACUCACGGUGACCUACAGCAGCUCACCAAGGUGUACCAGGAGCUGCUGACAAAACACAGGCAGCAGAUUUCUGACUUGGAGCAGCAGCAGGACAGCAGAGUGGCUGAAGCCCUCUGUGAUCAUUGGAAGAAACUCCGUAGCUCCUGGUCAAAGAAGCUUGGAGAGCUAGCCAAGGAUGUUUUUCUCACCUCCGUCCCUGCCCAGUCAAGUGUCUCUGCUGAGUGGUGCGAGAAGCUGUGGUUGUACCUGGAGGAGGAGCUGGCUGUACAGCUGCAGCAGGCAGAGUGCACUACCAGGCUGCAACUGCAGGACAUGAGGGCUCAGCUGGAUAACGAUGGACAGGUGUGGAGUGAGGAGAUGGCUCUGGUGCAGGCCUGUCUCAAACACCUGAGUGAACAACAGAUGACGAUCCUCCGAGCCAUGGUGGCCAGACAGAGCUACACACUCCACAGCCAAGUCGGGAGGUUGAUAGAGAGGAAACACGAGCACCUGUUGGUGGCGGUGCAGAGGCACUUUGUGGUCAGGCACUUCUGUCUGCACAUGCUGAAGGAGAUGAGGCUGUCCAAGCUGAAGGCACUCUCUCAGACUGAUUUCAGAGCGGUGCUAAUGGAAGAUCCCAGUAAAAGCCAGUCCUGUAUCAAUUCAACUCUCAAGAAUAGCAGUGCCAGCCUAGCAGAGAGGCACCUGGGUCCAGAGAGUCAGCUUGUGGGCCACAGCUUCCAGCAGGAGUUGCUGUCUGAACUGGAAACCGGGACAGAGCUUCUUCAGAGCCAUGCACAGCUGGUGCUAGGCAAUGCUCUCAGCCAUGCCAUCCAACAGAUGAUGAUGAUCUCACCUACUGAGACGCAGACACAAGACGAUGGGUUGAAGCAACACCUGACAGAGGCUGCUUCGGAGAGUGUGUAUGUGACCAAAGAUUCUCUUACCGCACUGGUCCAAAGCUACUAUUCACACGUACGGGACAUUAUCAAAAAAUUACAGCAGGAUGAGUCAAACGUAAACCAGGAGGUGAAUGAGAAUCAAGAGAGCAGCAGUCAGCUGACCAGAUCCCUGCUCAGGGAGCUGGUGAACUGGGGCAAGAAACCCACGUCUGCUGAGUUUCAACAGAGGGUUGAACUCCACAAAAGGAGGGUGUUGGAGCAGUGUGAUCUGGACCAGGAAAUGAUAUAUGAGGAACUGAGGCGGAAGAAAGUAGUUCAGGAUGUGGCCAUGGAAAAGAUGAAAGCACAGCUACUGGAGGCAGAAGAAAGCUUCAUAACUGAGCUGGCAGCCUUGGCACGGAUCUCCCUCCACAGUCCAGAUCCAGAACCAAGCGGUGAAGAGGACAACACUGCAGGUGCUAAUAUACUGGACCUGCUGGCCCUGAACCCAGCGUUAGAUCCUGCCUUGAAUCCUUCACUGACUCCGACGAUUGUAACUCCAGCGGUGAAAUCAAAACCAAAGAAGAAAAGAGAACAAGAAUCUCAUCUCAGCUGAAAUCUUAACACAGUGAAGUUUACAUAUUCGCAGUUAUGUCCUGUGAAAAGUUUACUUUGGUUUUAUAGUUUGUGUAUUAUAAAAUAAUACUGGUCUGUAGGUACUGUUUCUGUUGUUAGGAAGGUACCUCAGAUUUAUUUGUGUUAAAGGGACAGUUCACCCCAAAAUUAAAGGUACAUAUUUUCCCUCAUACCUGUAGUGCUGAUCA